AUGGCGGCCUCCAGCGUAUCCGAGUUAGGGUGCACAAAUGCUACUGAUUCCAUGAUGACUGGCAGUCCACAGCUUCCACGCUCAAAAAUUAGCGAAAUCCAUUCUUCGGAACAGACAGGCGUGCCUUUGAACACCCCUUGGACAUUUUGGCUCGAUAAGUCUAUUCCAGGUACUUCAGCUGCCCAGUACGAAGCAACACUGAGGAAACUGUAUACUGUCAAUACAGUACAGGGUUUCUGGGCUGUCUAUAACAAUAUACCAGGUGUUGAUAGGCUGAAUGUGAGAUAUACCUACCACCUGAUGCGGGAUGAACGCAGACCUUUGUGGGAAGAUGUAAAUAAUUGCCACGGUGGAAACUGGAGGUUGAAGUGUAAUAAAUUUGAUUCACCUACAGUAUGGAAGGAACUGUUACUAGCAGCUAUUGGGGAACAGUUGUCCGAUAACAUGGCGGAUGGAGAUGAAGUGGGAGGGCUGAGUAUCAGUGUAAGAGAGAGAGAUGACAUUAUUCAGAUCUGGAAUAAGCAGUCAAACCUCCAUGAACAGUCCACUAUUGUUGCCAAGGUGAAGGAGCUUCUCCCUAAUGUCAAUUUUACUGCAGUCUUUUACAAAGCUUUCCAAACACACCAAGCAUUUGAAGGAGAGAAAAGACUUACCUGAACUUUUCAUUAACCCUACAGACAAAUACUAUUCUGUUGGAAAAUGAAAUGGAGCAAACAUUUUGUGACAGUCUAUGGCAGAUGUUCUGUUGGUGCUUCUCGUUGAGAAAGUUGAGAUUUAAAUGCAGUGUCCAAGGAAAGGAUAAAAAAAUGAGUAUACCUAUUGAAAAAAAAUGUGUGUGUUUCUACCGGUAACCAUUCUAUGUUGAGGGCGCAAAUGUAUGUGGGUGAUUCCUAUUAAAAAGAUAUGAACACUCUCCAAUCUUAUAUCGAUACAUGUAAUUAUGUCACCAUAGACAUUGUGCUGACAUCACAAAUUCAUUGUAAAAAAUUGAGUGAUUUUUUUGGCUGAUGUUUAAUCAUAUUGUGAAAGGACAUGAUUAAGUUAAGUUCAUGUCAUUUCCGCUUUUAAUAUUGCAGAUAACAAAAAAUUAUACUAACGUGGGAAAUCCUGGAGGAAACUUUUGUGGGAUAAUGUUUUAUUUUAGUGGUGAUGACAAAUCCUAUGUUAUAAUCCAUCUGAAAUCCAUGUUAUGACCAACAUCUUUCCUAGUCAGGUUUCAUAUCAGACAAGAAACAAAUGAACUUUGGGAGAUAAUUUAGGGAGAGUCUUUCUAAACUUAAUCAGCACAAGCUUAUCUGGGCUGUAUUAAAGAGAUCAGAAUUUCUAAAACAUUUGAAAGUUUUGAAUACAAUGUCAUGCAAAUUGAGAAUUUUAAUAGGUAUGUUUUAAUUGUGCUCUUUUAAUACUGUUUGAAUAUUUGUGUUAAAAUGGUUCAAACAUAGUAUAUACAGUUGUGAUUAUUCGGCUUCUGUGAGUUGUUUUGUAUCUGUGAUAUUUGCAAUGUUUAAUUAUAGUGAUUACAGCCGUAUUUAAUUUUUUAAA